GUGCCAUAGAGUGGGCGUGAGCAGGUGAGUGAGUGUCAGCUCUACAGACCCCGGUUUAGGACCGCCCCUCCCUCUUGCGCUCCAUGUGCCAAAACAAACCGCCUUUCCUAUUUAUUGCAGCCGGACAGUGGCGGCUCCUGGGCACAAGCAGCGGCUGCUCCCUCAUACAGCGAUUGGGACUGAAAAGCAUCGGCUGCUCAGCUCAAAGAGUGAGAGAGGGAUCAUAGGGGAGCCGCAUAUUUAGUGAUCUGUGCCUGGACCCACUGACACCUGCGCCGCCCGCUGAGAGGCAACGACGGGCGCCAGAGAACAAGCCUGGGACCGGGAGCGCAUUGACAGGACAGUGACAAACAGAAAGAGACGGAGUCCAAGUGCGGGACAUUCCAUUUACCAGGGGAGGCAGGGAGAAGAGACAGUGAUACGCAUCCAUCUCACCCCUGGAGCUCAGAGUGGACUGGUGACCUCCAGUCGCAGGGGUUGAAAAGAAAGGUUUGUGGAUACCCAGCCUAGAGCAGCCGCGGACUCCGAGACCAAUUCGCGGGAGCGCAGUGAUACCAGUCGUGGACUCGGACGGCCAUUCCCGGGGGCGCAGUGACACAGCCUCUCCCAGCAGCGACACAACCCCAGUGGCGGGUGCAGGAGUUGAUCCCAGGACAGUGGCAUCAGAAUCACCAAGUGCGGAGAGAGACGCUCUCCUUUUGCGCGGGAGGCAGACACCUGUCCCCAGGAGCGCAGUGACACAUCUGGGGACAUAGCGACAAAUCCCGGAGACUCAGAGUGACACAAGCACUUCGGCUUCUUUAUCUCCCCCUGGCUGGGCUUGAGGAGGUGUCGGGCGGCGGAUGGAGCUGUCCUGAUCAGCAGCCCAGGGAGCCCCAGCCGCCCCAUGCAGUUGCCCAAGGUUGUGCUGCUUCUCUGCGCCGCUGCGCUGCUCCUGAGCGGGGCGGUGCGGGGUUGCGGACCGGGAAGGGUGGUCGGCAGGAGGCGCAGACCGACCAAGCUCAGCCCGCUCUCCUACAAGCAGUUCAGCCCGAAUGUACCCGAGAAGACCCUGGGAGCCAGCGGCAGGUACGAAGGGAAGAUCUCCCGCAACUCAGAACGCUUCAAGGAACUCACCCCCAACUACAACCCGGACAUUAUAUUCAAGGACGAAGAGAUCACGGGGGCAGACCGGCUCAUGACCCAGCGCUGCAAAGACCGACUGAAUUCCUUGGCCAUUUCUGUCAUGAACCAGUGGCCUGGAGUUAAACUGAGAGUGACAGAAGGCUGGGAUGAGGAUGGACACCAUUUCGAAGAAUCCUUGCACUACGAGGGGCGUGCAGUCGACAUCACCACAUCAGACCGGGAUCGCAAUAAGUACGGAAUGCUGGCUAGGCUGGCAGUGGAAGCUGGAUUUGACUGGGUCUACUAUGAGUCCAAAGCCCAUAUCCAUUGCUCGGUGAAGUCAGAUGCCUCGUUCAAAGGGUACCCUCCAUUCACCCCUCAGAAUUCAGCCUGGAAGCCCUCAUCCCAUAGGAAGAAGUUGGAGGAAGCACAAGAUUUGUAUGCAGACUGGAGGAAGCAGGGAGCAGCAGAUGCACAGGGGGAACUGGGUUAUGAACCCAUUGAUAACUAUAUGAGGGUGCCAGUUACAGAGGAACUGGGAUCUGCGGGGUGGAAAUUGAAGAAGAAGAAAAAGAAGGGACGAAAGAAGAGUGAAAAAGAUGGGAAGGGGAGGGGGACAGAAGGGGAAGAGGAAAUAAUUAGAAAAAGGAAAAAAAUUAGGGAAAAAGCAAAGUCUAAACAGCAGAAGGGAUAGCAGGAAGGAGAGAAAAGGAAGAAUAGAUAAAAUGAACUGAGAAUGAAGGUAUCAGGUGAAUAGAGAGUAGGAAAUCAAGGGGGCUGGACCUUCCAAGUACAGGUUCAUGAAGGAAAUCUUUUCUUCGUACAGUUGUGGGGUUACCGAAGCCCUUUUUACCGAGCACCAGGGUCAGUAUAUUCUCGAGAGGGCCUGGGUGUGCGUGGGCAGUUUUGAUUUUUUCAUGAAGGAAAACAACCAUGAAAGUAAGCUAAAAAGUAUAUUUGGGUGAUUUGGAUAAAUAACAAGAAUUUUAUAUGAGGGCUUCUUCUCUCAAGGGGUAUUUUGCCUAUACUAAUCCAGUUAUAACUGGCAAAACCCAACUAAACAGAACUUCACAUAUGAAUCAAUUUACUCAUGGAAAGAAAUGUAAGGUUCUAGGCAUCUGAUAAAAAUAUUACUACUAGCGAGAGAGAGAGAGAGAGAGAGAGAGAGAGAUACUAACUGCACACAUUAAGAGUGAUAUGCAGAAUUACACAUUUGCUUGGUUUUAAUGUUAUUUGUAUAUGUAAUAGCUAGUUAGCGACUGAAAACUGUACUUGUCUGGCUAUUUAUAUUCUCUGUCCUGCUGGUUCUGACUUUUGAAAACAUUUAGCAAAAGACAUUGUAUCAGUAGUCAGAACUAGAGAAAAGAAAGGGACACUCAAAUUCAAUAGCUAUUACAUUUGCAUACCAUUAAAACCAGUGCAAAUGCGUUAUGAAUGUAUAUUGGGAAGUUGCUUAGAAUUACAUGUUCUUGAAUUAGGCAAACGAUUCUCAGUAUUCUCUUCUGAGCACUUUUGCUGUUUUGAUUAAUUAUGAUAUUUUCGAGUUUAGCAGUUUUUACACUGAUCAUGCAUUUGAAGCAACAGUGUCACCUGCUGGGUUUUUUUUGCUGACUGAACUUCGCGUCCAGGUAUUUCCCUCACUCUCGAAGUAGGAAAUGUGACACAGAACAAACAGCAGCCUCCCAGUCAGUCCAUGUGAUGUUUUUUCAAAAUAUGAAAAAAUAUAGGAGACAUUCUCUCAGCUGCACUAAUUCUAAUGUGAACCUCCUGAUUAAUGACAUUACCUCCUUUUUGGGCCCUAGUACAAAGGCUAAGAGCCACCUCAACAUACCCAUGCUUAUGACGUUUGGGGCAUUUAUCCUAUACAAUGAUAAAGGGAAAGCGGCACUUGGACUAGAGCUUGGUGUUAUUACAACAUCUAUUGUUAUGUCCCUUUGUUGGAUAAGAAGGUAUUGUCAGACAGCCUAAGGAUGGAUGCUGCAAAUAUUUCCACGUUUUUUAGCCAUGUAAUGUCCAAAGUGUUUAUGUAUGCAGGUGCCUAAGUUAAUACAAAUAAUGCUAUUUUUACAGACAGAGAUAGAAGCUAAUAUAUUGCAGUCCUUGCGAGUAUAUAGUGUAUAUAGGUUUCUGGUUUAUAUUAUUUGGUACCAUAAUAUUCAUAUAUUGUAUAUUUUGCAUUUGUACAAAUGUUGCAACUAUUUAAAAUAAAAAAGGU